AUGGCCGGCAUAUUGCUACUUCUCGGCCUUUGCGUGGUAAUGGCCGUUGCGUCAUUCCUUGCCGGAGCGCUCCCACUCUCCAUGACAUUGUCACAAUCACAACUACGAUUAAUAUCUAGCAUUGGUGUUGGAGUAUUGGUAGGGACGUCACUUAUAGUCAUUAUACCCGAGGGAAUUGAAGCAGCUGCGUCAUCCCCUAUCACGUCAUCACAUGCGCACAAGGUUCGAAGCCUGUCGCGACGAAGUCCGUGGAAAUUUGGACUUGAAGAAAGAGAAAUUAUCGAACAACUCGCUGCAGUCACGACAAGGCACCAGGUGAACAGGGACGACGGCGCAAAGUUGCACUCAGAACCGAUGCGCAUCAUCGUUUCUCAAAGUACACCGACCCCCGACCAAAAACGAGAUGACCAACCCUCCAAACCGGCGCCGACCGAUGACAGCCAUGACUCGCCGAAGAAGGAGGGCGAGAAACACAAGGAGGAAGAGCAUGUCGAAAUCCCGGCUUUUGAGGUCGGCUUUUCCAUGAUUCUCGGCUUCAUUCUCAUGUUUCUCAUCGACCGGCUGCCAAAACAUGCGUCUGAUAGUCUACAGUCGGGCCCGCAACCGCAGCAUUUUAGCCUGGAUAACUUGGGUGGCAACGGCAUUGAAACCACGUCGGUAGAUGAAGAGCAAGGCUUCCUGGGUUCGCUGGCCCCAACACCGAAGUAUACCAGGACCUUGGCUACGACAAUUGGUUUAGUUAUCCAUGCUGCUGCGGACGGCAUCGCCAUGGGUGCCUCAUCAGCAAGCUCCAAUGUGAAGCUUGGAUUCAUAAUUUUUAUUGCCAUUAUGAUUCACAAGGCUCCUGCAGCCUUUGGCUUGACCUCGGUCCUUUUGAGGCAAGGAUUGUCGAAACGGGCAGCUCGCGGCCACCUGGCCGUCUUCAGUCUAGCAGCGCCGGCCGGAGCCUUGUCAACGUGGCUCAUGAUCAAGUUGCUUGGUGGUGAUCACCUUGACGGUGAUGCGGGCAUGUGGUGGACGGGAAUGUUGUUGCUCUUCUCGGGCGGUACCUUCUUAUACGUAGCAAUGCACGCCAUGCAAGAAGACGGUUCAUCUCAUAAUCAUGAGAGCCACUCCACUACAAAUGGAUACUCGGACGGCACACCGAGUGUUCAGCGAAAACCAAAGGGGCCCGAGAUCCGUGAUACCUUGGCCACAGUUGCGGGCAUGUUAUUGCCACUUCUUACGCAGUUUGGACACCAUCACUGA